AUGUCUCAUUUUGCUGGCUCUGCAAUUAAACAGGGACCAAAUGUUGGCCGACUCGAUAAGUGGUCAGAGUGGAAUCCGACCGCUAAGCAGCCAGUUUGGUUACUACUCUCAGGUGCUUGUGAUCCUCCUGAACACAUUGGAAUAUCUAGUAGAAAAGGUCGUGGCUUAAGAAACGGUAAUUUCCUUGUUGGUAUCACUCACGAUUUAGUCAACAUGGAAAACACAAUUCUGGAAGUCAACGCUGACCAUGAGCUGUUCAACACGGUCAGGGAUCUUCAUAUGACCAAAGAUACAUGCAUGAAACAUAUCACCGAAUUUUUUGAAGAGUGCAACAAUAAAGGGACCAAACCCAUGUUGUACUAUUCUGGCCACGGUGAAACUGCUACUGGUAACUGGUGCUUUUCUGAUGGGACAAUCAGUAUCCAAGAAAUUUUUGACAUGGUACCAAAAGGUUGGUGUUACCCAAUGAUCUUCAGCGAUGCUUGUUACAGUGGCCACUGGGCAAAUUUCUGUCUUAAGAAAAGUAUUACUGGUUUCAAUUGCCUAGCAGCAUGUCCAGAAUAUUCAACAGCUCUUGAUACCGGUAUGUUUCACAGAGUACUUACGUGUAUUAAUAUUCUUUCACUUAAUUUCAGCAUCUCUAAGUAGGGACUAACCUUUCAUAUACACCUUUUUAAAGCUUUUGUUUUGCAUUUUCAGAGAAUUAACACUUUUACCUCAAAUUUGUUUUUGAAAUUCUUGCAAAGGGAAACUUUUUCCAUUUUAAACUUUUUUCACUUCUUCCAUUUAAGUAGAAUAUGCGGUUAAAAAUAAAGGUUCGUUGACAAAGUUGUCGUUGUUAUAAAACGGUGAGCAUUUACACAUGAGCCUUCAAUGACUCUGACAGUUCCCUUUACAUAGUUUUUAUCGUGCUCCACCAUGAAGGCUUUGCGCAGAUAGCCUAUAUGAGAUUGUCUCUUAUAUUUUCUUGGACUAAAUGCUAUUCAGACGGGGCUUUAAAGCCAGCAAAACUACACAUGAUAAUGCACUCAUCAUUUCCAAUUUCUAGGCAUAACCUGAUUGGCGCAGUGAGGUAGUUGAACUACGUUAUUACGUCACAACAUUGUAUUUAUUGGCAGAACACCAAGUAACAUGUAUUUAUUUACAUAUCAUGGUAACUACAAAGCAAAAAAUUCUAAAUAUUUUGUGAUAGUGUGAUGUCAUUUUGACGUCAUUUAUUUUAAAAAAGGAACUGGAACCAACUGCAGAUAUUUGAAAAGUAAACCUAUGUGAAUGUGUUGAGUGAUUUUUAUUUUGGGUUAAUUUAUAUUCAGGUGAAGGUGGUGAAUUAACGCUGUUUGUGACUGGAAAAAUGCAACGCCCAGAAACCGAACCCAUGUAUAGUGGUGGAAAUAGGCUUGAAUUUCCAGUUACCAGUGAAUACAAUACCGUCGAUUACACUGACUUCAUUCAAGGCCACAUUACAAACAUUGACAACUUAGUGAUAUCCCAAACAUGCAUGAUGGGAAAUUCUCUGCCAUUUUUGCAUCGUCAAAACUCUACAGUCCAAGGCCUGCCCACAAAUGGGGAAUAA